CUUUUCCAUCCUCAAGAAAGUUCCCGUGUCGCAUUUUCCCGGAAAAAUGAAAUUUUCUUGUUCGAUUUUCCUCUGAAAAAAUAAAAAUAAAAAUAAAAAUCUAAGCUUUAUCAUGGCCCUCCUAAUCCACUCCCCGGAAAUGUUCCUUGUCCCUCAAAUUGCCUAUAAUCCUAACCCUAAGCUGAGCAAACUUCACGGCUUCAAACCCUACACAAAAGUUAAGGCAAUUGGACCAAAGCGUGCGGUGAAAAUUUCUUGUGAAGUGAAAGAUUGUGCGGUUUUGGAUUUGGGUUUGGAUCAGAACGUGAAUUCGUACGGUCAGUUCUCGGUUCCGGUUAAGGGAGGAUCGAGGCAGAGCAAAGAGGAAGAAGAAGAAGAAAAGCAGAAUUACUAUGUUAAUAUGGGAUAUGCCAUUCGAACUUUAAGGGAAGAGUUCCCUGAUCUCUUCUACAGGGAACUUAGCUUUGACAUCUACAGGGAUGACAUUGUAUUUAAGGAUCCUCUGAGUACAUUUAUCGGUAUCGAGAAUUACAAGUCGAUCUUCUGGGCACUACGAUUUCAUGGGAGGAUGUUUUUCAAAGCUUUAUGGAUAGACUUAAGUAGUGUAUGGCAGCCUACUGAGAACAUCAUUAUGGUUCGCUGGACUGUUCAUGGGAUCCCACGAGUUCCAUGGGAAAGUCGUGGUAGGUUUGAUGGAACCUCUGAGUAUAAACUUGACAAGCAAGGCAAGAUUUUUGAGCACCGGGUUGACAACAUUGCUGUGAAUUCACCUCCUAGGUUUAAAGUGCUGGGCGUGGAAGAAUUAAUUCGAUCUAUUGGCUGCCCCUCGACCCCAAGACCAACUUAUUUUGAAAUAUCUUCAUCUACUAAGAAAACAUAAUUUUGCUCAAGUUCUUCAAAAAGUUUUGUUGUAAAUUAUUCAUAUUACGUUAAUAAGCUAGACAUCUGGCAUCUUGCUUGUCAUAUAAAGCUGUGAGAAAAUUGACUUU